UAGCGACAUCAAUUCACUUCAAAAUAACCGCCAUAAAAUUACCAAGUAAUGAUCUUUGAGUUCUGGAAGAAAUGUAAAAGACGUUUUAGAGUCCAUUAGUAAGUAGUUUUGACUAUGAGUAUAACGACAUGUUUUCUCUUCUCCUUUUUUAUUUUCUUUAUCCCCGGUCAUUUAUACAUUCUUGGCUCGAAGGAAGAGGUUUGGAAGCAAUAUUUUUCAAGUGAAGAGAUGGUUGAACUUCCUUCUUAUAAGAACAACGUUCUAAUCGAGCAGCUUCCUAUUGAAUUAAAUGAGAUGUUACAAAAGUUAAAUGCAGCGACCAUAUACAGUGACUCACAGUACCGUCGUAAUGUUUUGCAGUUUUCUCUUUAACUAAUUUGUUCUUCUUUACAGUCACGGUAUAAUUAUAUGACUUAGCACGAGAUAAUAAUCAAUAAAAAAUGAAAUUGCAUUGCGACA